CACAGCUCUUGGAGUUCAGAGGCCUCUGCUGACCUCUGCCCAACCUCUCUCUGCACCCAAGCCCCCACUGGUAUAUACAGGCACAGAGGCAGGCAAGUCAGGCAAGGACUAGGAAAGAGGAGAGAGGGCUGGAGACAGGCUGCCAGAGGGCUCAGAAGCCCAGUGCACCUGCCUGUCCCAACUCUGUCCACCUGCUGCUGUGGCCACAUUAACAGAAGAGACAGCUAGUAAGACAGGAAGUGAGGCCCAGUACCUUGUGGACAGUGGUGUCAUUAGCUGCGACACCUAAGAUGUCUCAAGAGAUGGGAGAGCUCACCCAAAACAGGUUGCAGAAGAUCUGGAUUCCACACAGCAGUGGCAGCAGCCGGCUACAGUGGAGGAGGGGCUCAUCAAUACCCCAGUUUACCAAUUCCCCCACAAUGGUGAUCAUGGUGGGUUUACCAGCUCGAGGAAAGACCUACAUCUCCACGAAGCUCACAAGAUAUCUCAACUGGAUAGGAACACCGACUAAAGUGUUUAAUUUAGGCCAGUACCGACGAGAGGCAGUGAGCUACAAGAACUAUGAAUUUUUUCUUCCAGACAACAUGGAGGCCCUACAUAUCAGGAAGCAGUGUGCCCUGGCAGCCCUGAAGGAUGUCCAUGACUAUCUCAGCCAUGAGGAAGGUCAUGUUGCGGUUUUUGAUGCCACCAACACUACCAGAGAACGACGGUCACUAAUUCUGCAGUUUGCUAAGGAACAUGGUUACAAGGUCUUUUUCAUUGAGUCCAUCUGUAAUGACCCUGGCAUUAUUGCAGAAAACAUCAGG